UGAGAUGAUUACCACCAACGCAGAGUGUGAUGAUUAUUCCGUCCUCUGUGACCCACCAGGGCUGUCGGUUCAAAUCCUCCGCCUGAUCUGAAGAGGUUGCUGAAAACCCUCAAUUUCCCCUCUCCUGACGUUGCAGCUUAUGACACCGGAGCGUUGACGGCGAGGAGAUGCCGACGGGGGUUGAUGGGACACAUGUCGGGGUUGUUGUUUUUUGCGUAGCGGGCAGUCUGAGCCUUCGGGCUGAGCGCUCGCGACGGGGCGUCAUAAAUGAAUAAAAGCGGAGCGGGCCGUCCUGACAAACAGAUUGUGUCACUGGGCCGUAAUGUGCUGGAGCUGGCGUGGCCCUGGUUGGGGGGAUUAGGCUGACACAGCAACAGCAGCAGCAGCAACAGCAGCAGCAGGUUCACAUCUCUGAUCAGUGUGCACCAUGAAAACCACCCAGCCCCCCCGGGCCACAUAUCCAAACAGAUGACAUCAGCUUUCCCUUAAUCUCUCCACACGUCUGCCCCCUCAGUUCUUCCCUCUUCUCUUUUCCCCCUCUCUUUACACCUGCUCAUUGUCAGCUCCGUGUGAGAAUCCGUGCUAUGAGGUGCUAGUCCUCCCCGGAUUCACAGAAACGUCGGAGUAGCUGUAAAGAAACCGAAAUACUUGGCGCAGAUUGAAGUCGGUCGGCGAGAACGCUCGCUCGUCACCCGUCUGUCAGGGGUCUCCUCCGCGACUCUGAAUUAUUAUUAGGGUCUUCAUCAUUCCGACGCCCUCCCCUCGCCCGCGAACGCGAUUCCGCUUUGAUCCCCGUGGAAGUUGAGAUGUGCAGCGAGACCAAAGGAGAUCUGUUUUAGUGGCUGGAGGAGCAAGAAGAGAUAGUGAGAGCUUGACAUGCAAUGAAAGGAUACAUCGUCCCACGAGAGAGAGGCAGAAACGAGGAUAGAGGAGCUCGCUCUGAUUCAAUUCUCAAUGAUAGCAGCCUUCAUGAUGACAUCCCUGUGUAGGGGCACGACGAGGCAACCCAAGGAAGGAGAGGUCCCGGGGGUGGAUUAUAAUUUCGUGACCGUUGACCGGUUUAUGGAACUGGAGAAAAGUGGAUCCUUGCUAGAGAGCGGAACAUAUGAAGAUAACUUUUACGGCACCCCGAAGCCCCCGGCCGAGCCCAGCGCUCUGCUGCUAAAUGUAACGGACCAGCUGCUGCCGGGCGCCAGACCCAGCUCCGAGGGCAAGAGGAAGCGCAACAAGUCAGUCAGCAACAUGGAAAAAGCCAGCAUCGAGCCCCCCGAGGAGGAGGAGGAGGAGAGGCCCAUCGUCAACGGCAACGGCGUCGCUGUCACCCCAGAGUCGAGCGAACAUGAGGACAAGAGCACCGACGCAUCGGGGGACAUCGCGCCGCAGAGCAACCCGGCCGAGGCCCCGGCCGAGGGACCCAAAGACGACGGACAGUCCCCGAAGAUGGCGAUGCCCAAACCGGACGAGAACGACGAGCUUGGGCCGCUGCCAGACAACUGGGAGAUGGCGUACACCGAGAAGGGGGAAGUCUACUUCAUAGACCACAACACUAAGACAACAUCGUGGCUGGACCCGAGGCUAGCCAAGAAGGCAAAACCGCCGGAGGAAUGCAAAGAGGAUGAGCUUCCGUACGGCUGGGAGAAAAUCGAUGACCCCAUUUACGGCAGCUACUAUGUCGACCAUAUAAACAGGAGGACCCAGUUUGAGAACCCAGUCCUGGAGGCUAAGAGGAGACUCCAGCAGCAGCAGCAGAUGCAAAGCCAGGGUCUGUCCUCACUGCCCCUCCCCGCCAUCUACAGAGUGGAGGAUGCCAGCCGCUGUGCCACCCUCCCCAGGCCCCCCCUCGCCCAGGUCGGCUCGGCGCCCGGACGCUGCCACAGCCUCGGCGACCUCUCCCGAUCGCCGACCACGGGUCGCAGGGCCUACGCCUACGCCUCCUCCUCCUCCGCCGACGUCUCCCCUCUGCGGCGCGUUCUGACGCGGCGGAUGAACACGUGCCCCCAUCACCAGCAGCUGCCGCCGCCGCCGCUUCACGCCUCUGCCUGUACCGUGGUGCUAGAGCACCCUCUCUGUAGCCCCUACUCCCUGUGGCAUUUCGUCAAAAAGCCGCUGUUCACACGGGACCCCACUCAGCUGAAAGGCAGCUUCCUGUCCACGUCCCUCCAAAAGAGCAACAUGGGCUUCGGCUUCACCAUCAUCGGCGGCGACGAGCCCGAUGAGUUCCUCCAGGUCAAGAGUGUUAUCCCCGACGGGCCUGCGGCAGCCGAUGGGAAGAUGGCCACAGGCGAUGUCAUCGUCUACAUCAACGACGUGUGCGUCCUGGGCACCACCCACGCCGAUGUGGUCAAGCUCUUCCAGUCGGUCCCCAUCGGCCAAAGCGUGACGCUGGUGCUGUGCCGCGGUUAUCCGCUGCCCUACGACCCGGAGGAGGUCGCCAACGCCAACAACAACACCGCCACCACCACCAUCAUCUCCCCUCUGGGCAUCAUGGAGCAGCGGCCCAUCAUGGUGAACGGCCGGACGGGCUACGACAACUACCUGGACUAUCUCACCCGCACGGCGCGCUUCGUGGCCGACCCCAGCCAGGACCCGGCCCAGCAGCAGCUUCUCACGGCUCACCCGGGCGACACCCACUUGGACGGCUCGCUUCCCCCCACCACCGGCACUACGCCCCCCGACAGCGUCUCCAUGGCGUCGUCGGGGGCGACCCAAGGGGAGCUGCUCACCCUGACCAUGGUGAAAGGCGUGGACGGUUUUGGCUUCACGAUUGCGGACAGCGCCACGGGUCAGCGCGUCAAGCAGGUCCUGGAGCCUCAGGGCUGCCCGGGCCUGUGCGAGGGCGACCUCAUCGUGGAGAUUAACAAGCAGCCGGUGCAGGGAUUCCCGCACACGCAGGUGGUGGAGCUGCUCAAGGAGUGCGCCGUGGGAGCUGAGACCAGCCUGGUGGUUCAGAGAGGUGGAACAGGUCACUGUUCACCCUGGAAGACCCCUAAGCAGGUUCUGGAGCAGUGGGAGUCCCAGCAGGGCCAGAGCAGCCCCGCUCAGACCAGCCUGUCAGCCCCCGUUAUCCCCCACAGCGCCCCCUUCCCAUCACACCAUCUUCACAGGGCCUCGUUCCCAGACUCAGCCUCCGAGGCCUUGGCCCUGGCUAAACCAGACCCCUUUGACCUUUAUGAGAAGUCCAGGGCUAUCUAUGAGAGUAGGCAACCCAGCCAGCCGAGGACCGUUUUUCCUGUGGACUCUUCAGGAGCUGAGUACCAGGACAUCGAGGUCCACCUGCGCAGACAGAAGUCUGGGUUUGGUUUCCGGGUGCUGGGCGGUGAUGAGGCGGGGCAGCCUGUGAGUCCGGAGACGCGUGAGAAGAUCCUCAUCGGCGCCAUCAUCGAGAAGAGUCCGGCCGACCUGGACGGGCGGUUGCGGCCCGGGGAUGAGCUGCUCUUCGUGGACGGGAUCCCGGUGGUGGGGAAGCCGCACAGAUACGUGAUUGACUUGAUGCACGGGGCGGCGCGCAACGGCCAGGUCAAUCUGGUCAUCAGGAGGAGGGUUCAGGCAGCAGGUGAUCCUUGCCCGGAGAACGGCCGCAGCCCGGGCUCCGUGUCCACGCAGCACAGCUCCCCGCGCAGCGACUUCACGUAUGGCAACAGCACCAGCACAGCCCAGGUUCCCGGCGGCGUCGCGGGCAACGCCAGCGCCGCCUCAGACGGGAACUCGCAGCCGAGCGACGUCGUGAUCAACAGGAAGGAGAGCGAAGGCUUCGGCUUCGUCAUCAUCAGCUCGCUCAGUCGACCCGAGGCCACCGCCACCAACACUGUGCCCCAUAAAAUCGGCCGCAUAAUCGAGGGCAGCCCGGCCGACCGCUGCGGGAAGCUGAAGGUGGGCGACCGGAUACUGGCGGUGAACAGCCAGUCCAUUGUCAACAUGCCGCACGCCGACAUCGUUAAGCUGAUCAAAGACGCGGGCCUCAGCGUCACCCUGAGGAUCAUACCGCAGGAAGAGAUCAGCAACCCUCCAUCCGCCCCCAGCUCAGAGAAGCAGAGCCCCAUGGCUCAGCAGCACAGUCCCAAGGUCCAGCCCAACGCCGCCCCCUCCCAGUGCAACCAAGCGGCGACGGAACCGAACCCCUCCGCUGUCCAGCCCAACCCGGCGCCCCACCAGAGCCCCGUGACCCAGCUCCCCGUCCCUCCGCCUCAGACCUACGCCCACGAGAGCAGUUACAGGUCCGAGGUGAAGGCGAGGCAGGACGUUAAACCGGACAUCCGACAGCCGCCGUUCACCGACUACCGGCAGCCACCGGUGGACUACCGGCACCCUCCUGUGGCCGAUUACCGGCAGCCGCCCACGCUGGAGUACAGACACCCGCCGCUGCUCGACUACAGACAGUUAACUACUGACGCCAGGCAGUUCGCCAUGCCCGACUACCGAAUGCCACCGGUUCAACUGUCGCAGGACUUUGACUUCUUCACGGUGGAGCUGGAGAAGAGCGUGAAAGGCUUCGGCUUCAGCAUCCGCGGCGGGCGGGAGUAUAAAAUGGACCUGUUCGUCCUGCGGCUGGCGGAGGACGGCCCGGCCAUCCGCAACGGGAGGAUGAGGGUCGGGGACCAGAUCAUUGAGAUCAAUGGAGAGAGCACCCGGGACAUGACCCACGCCAGAGCCAUCGAGUUAAUCAAGUCUGGGGGGAGGCGUGUCCGUCUCCUCCUGAAGCGGGGGACGGGGCAGGUCCCUGAGUACGACAAUGCCGCCCCAUGGGAUGCUCGCCCUUCAGCCUCCCCAAGCCUGUCGGAAGUAGCCCCUCCCAUCGACAGCCUUCCCAUGCCAUCGCCUUCAUCUCAUCUGGCCCCGGCCCUCGACACUCCUCACCUGCCGCCUCAGGACGUCCCUCGAGACCCGGCGGCACGGGACGGCAGGACGGAGCGUCCGAAGAGCCCCCAGAAGGCCGAGCCGCCGAACGCAGACCCCAUCAGCCACCAGGGGAGGAGGGUGGCUUCGGCCGGCGGGAGCGGCAGAGCCAAGAAAGAGGGUGGCAGGUCCACCCACAAGGGGCACAGGAUGCAGCCCGCGACUGAUGGGGAAGGGGGCAAGGAGGGGCAGAGCGGAGAGCCCAAACCCAUGAGGGGAUCCAGAGGAAGGUCCAAGGAGAGAAACGCGGGGGGAAGUAGAGAAUCAACUCACUCUCCCAGCAGCUCGAAGCUCCCGCCGCACACCAACGGGAACAGUCGGGAGGACGCGGAGCGCUGGAGCGGCGGGAAGCAGGUGGAGCCGGAGCAGGGUAAACCAAGGUCCCGGGAACUGGGCCUCGGAGAGAGCCGGGCCAGCCUGCCCAUCAAGAGCACCACCACCAGCACCACCAGCAGCGGCGGCGGCGGCAUCGCAGCGGGGAGGAAGGCCACCGUCUCUCCCGGGCCCUGGAAGAUCCCCGGGUCGGACAAGCUGCCCAGCACGCUGCGCACAGGCACGUCCACGCUCAGCAGAUAACACCACGGCUCCAGCGGGAAACAGUGGCCACACUCAUCUGAACUGAAGCACCCCCAUCCGGAUGAAACCACCAUCCUCACCCCUUCCCCCCUUUUCCCCGGUAAAUCUUAAAACCCCUUUCUCCCCAUUGAGUCAAAACCCGAGGCGGGGCAGGGUGAUCCGGACCACGUGUUUUUAAAGUUUUAUUUAUAUAAUACUGUGUUUUAAAUUAUUUUGAGAAAUAUUUUACACCCAACACCUUAAAAACUGGAAAAGAAAAAUAUCCACCUUAAAAAAAAAAAAAAAAAAGUAAAAGAGAAAGUAGAAUCUUUGUGUAGCGCGGUGGAAGACCUCUACUUUGAGUUCUCCCCGAGAGAGGAGAGACAAACAUGCAAAUACAGACAACGUGACAGGAAGCGACUGUCACAUGACGUUUGGAGUUGUUUUUUUAUACAUCAUACACAGUGGAGUCUAUUUUAUGUAACGGAAUGUCGAGAAGACGGUUUGCCUGUUUUUGUGAUGAGCGUGAAUGGAUCAGAGAGCGACAGCGGAGACGAAAACCUACUCAUCUGCAGAACUUUGCCUUAACGGAGACUGUGUGGGCCUGAAUCUGUCUUGAAUAAUCUAUCAGAUGAUCAUAGACAUGAGAUAUAUUAUAAUGAAUAUGAAUAUGUGGGAACACUUUGUAAAUAAGAUCCUCUUUAAGUGGAACAGAACCUUAUAGUUAGCCAAUGGAAAUUUCUAGUCCGCAAAAAUAAAAAAAAGAGCGAAGCCGGAGAGAGCGACAUGGACCAGAACUUUCAGCACAUCACCCCCCGCACCCUCAACCCGAUCCGCCGACCCCUCACCCCCCCCCCACGUCCGUUCAGCCCCGUGGUUGCAGUUUGAGGCCUGCUGCGAUCGACUGCACUGUUUUUUGGUUUUUUUUGCUCUUCAGUCAUCAUCCGUGUUUCGUUUUUUGUGCUUGACGGACAAAAAAAGCAAUCUGUGACGACGACGGCGGCGGCGGCGACGAUGGCGGCGGUAGAUGGGAGGAGCUCACAUGGUACUGAACGAGGGGCAGAGUGCCUUAGACUGACAGAGAGGUUCAACUCCAAAAUGCUUCAGAGGGUUCAAAACUGGCUGCUAUACAACACCACCUUUACAGAUAUAAAUAAGAAACUGUAUUUUUCCAGUGUGAUAUAGUGAAAUUUAUCAUUUAUUUCACAGGCUUAUGUAUGAGUCCAUUAACGGAGGCGUCAGCGGCCGUUACUCCUGCAACUGGGUCAUGAUACUUCUCUUCAUUGAUUUCUUAAUUAGGUCUGACACUCCACUGAGAACGGCUCGUACGAGAUGGUAUAAUCAAAUGUCAGGACACGGCAGAGCUUUGCGCCCGAGCCAAACCAAAUUAGUGAAGCCGUCAGAGAAUCGAUCUCGCUUGUCAGAAAAGCUCGCUCGUAUAUUUCUUUAAUUUUCAGAGGCCGAGACGGAGAGUUUAAUUUGUUCUCGGCAUAGUCUGUAAAUAAUAAAAGAAAGAAAUUGGUCUGAAGGCUUGGAUUUCGGCAUUUCCUGGUCGCCAUAUUGGCUCUUCAGUGGCCGUAUUUGUAUUAAAGAGAGGAGCUGGGGCGGAGCGAUGGGUUAGGACUGACAUGUCAAUCAAGCUAGAGGCCUACUAAAUAUCUACUUUUCUAAAGCACCACCUGCACACUGACCAGAGUAUGGAAUGAGUUUUGGGUAAAGAAAUUGUAUUUUACCAGAUGACAUGUUGAAGCUAGCACUUAGCAGCCAUGUGUGGUGUUGCACUUUAAAGCCACUUUUCACAACCAAUAUUCCUCCAUCUCUUACGUACACUCUAUGGUUUUAGUUAAUUCUGUCUACACUGUGUGCUAUUAAGACAUUCAUAUACGUGCCAAAGCUCAAUAUAGGUUUUUUUCUUUCUGCCGUGGACGGUUAUGUUCCACUGUUACACAAUAACCUAACAACAACUGACCGUUCACUAAGCUCUGCCACGCUCGGUUAUUACUGCUGGUCCUGUCAAGCUUUUUACUCUUGCAGUUCACACAGAUGAGUGCUUGCUUUCCUACAGAUGUUUUCUCAUUUUAUGUUCACAUGUUGCAUGACACAUGGUUUUGGGGAUGAGGAGGUGAAUUCAACCAGUGUGUCCUGGGUAAAGUUAGAGUUUAAACGUCCAAUAAAAUAUUUGUUUUGACACUAGGUUAAGGUAAAGACACAUUAAAUGCCUGUCUGUACCAUAAAGGCCACAGCUAAUUGCCAGCUAGUCACAACUGAAAAAAGAAAAUAGUCUACACCAGCAGUAGUCUGUAUUCGUCAACCAAAAAGGGGAGGAGCUAAACCCUACAUCAUGGAAAAGGACAAGUUGCUGCGUUGUGUAUCGUUCUUCAAAUAAUUUGAAAGAUAAAACUCUGAGAUUGUCUCUGCUUCUCUCAAGAUAGAGGCAGAGAAACCAGAGAAAUGUACGACUUCAGGCCAUAAAAUGAGUGGACAAAGAUGGAAAGUGCCAACCCCGAUAGUCGAUAUGUGAAUCACUUUAAAUGCUGAACUGAAAUGACAGUAGCUAUAUAACGCACAGAGCUACGUUACUGUAAAGCAUUUUGUUUAACUAAAGGGUUAACAUUGGCUAAGAUUCAUGCCGUAUUUAUGUCAUGAGUUAUUAAUUUAAAUACUGAAAUUUACAUUCUGUUGUUAUGGCUCUGCUACUUUCCAUCUAACUCCACUGUGUCAGAGACAGUUUUAAUUACUUUGCAUAUUAUAAUGUGUGAUAAAAAAUAUAUUUUUGAUACUAUUUACCCUGGGGGAAAAAAAUUACUACCGACCUUGUGGUAUUUUAAUCAGUUGUCCAAACUUUGAAUUAAAGCACAUCCUUCAUAAUUCUUCAGCGAAGAAAAGAGGCAGAAAAAAAAGCCGCAAAUCAAACAAAAGUUGUAAAAGUAAAAACUCACAGAGAUGUCGAUUUAGACUGGAUUAGUAUCACCGGAGGACCUCUGCGUUACGAGGUAGGUAAUAUACGGUGUAGUUUUUACUUAACAAAACACAGACAUGGACGAUUUAUACAGGAUUAAGAUCACAAACGACCUCCGUGAUUAUUAGAAAUGACCGGAGGUCACCAGGUAAAACUAAUCCUGUGUGAAUAGGGCUUAAUAUUAGCCAUUUUGACCGUUUUCAGGCUGACAAAUGCUAGCAACGCAAAAUAACCCCUGACUGGUAUUUAUUUACCGCCAGUGGUUUAUUUAUCACCCAAAUGGGGGCGUGGCCUAAUUUGCUACUCUCAUCUGUCUGGAAGGCUAAGAAGCCUUUAUUUGUUUGGGUUGUCGUGGAAAUAUGUGAAUGCCCAGGUUAGAUAAAGGUGUAAUGCAGUCUGUUUUUGUUUCCUUUCUCGUGCACUGGUUCACUAAGAUGAUCAGCCAAUCAGAGAGAGAGCUCUCCAUCACCAGAGGUCCACUGUCAUCAUUAAAUAUGUCACUUUGCCCUCAAACAGCUUGACAGGCUAGCAGCGCAGUUGACAGAAUGUGAUUGAACAGUCAGUUUUUAGGUCUAAAGACAUUUUUACACAUCUGCACCUUGUGGACAAACAUUCUAAUUUUAGUUUCCUUCCUCUGCUGAGAGAACAGCGUUUAAAGGAGCAGAAGGAGUCGUUGUGUUUGCCACUGAAAUCCAUAAUCACACAGGGACUAAGUAAACUUACUGUAAAUCCAACACGCAGGGUUUCGGGAGAUGAAUGAUUGUGUCAAACAAAGGCCGCAAACUUCAGUUACAUUCUGAAUCAUCAUGACCCAUUUAGUUGGACUGCUCCUGUAUUGUGAGACUUUUUGUUGAGGCAGAAACAACAACAAAACAAAAAACAAAACAUGUACGUAUUUUUCCUCAGCCUUUGCACAACUCACUGCUUUCUGUGCUGCCUCCAUUGAGCCAAAUUGUAAGUAGUUUUUCUAAGGAAAUCCAAAACUACAACAGAGACAUGCAGACACCUCGGUAUCACUGUGUAGUGUUAUAGCAGUGUGUAGACCCUGAACAAAUAUCUAUAAAUAUGACUCGGUGUACUAUUGAUGGUCACAAAGACUGUAAGUGGAGCAACUAUUUUUAUGAAAUGCAACAUUACGGAUAUAUUAACUUUUGCAGAAAUCUUGUUUACCUGUAUGAUAUUCUGAAACGCUGUCAAAAUAAAAGAAAAAUCUUGACACGACAUGAAAGAUUCAUUUA